AUGCGCAAGGGCCAGCGCAAGAAGAACCUCACCGACAUUGAGUGCGCCAACAUAGUCCAGCAUAUCUUGAGACGUUGCACGCCCAAAGGCAAGAUACCCAAAGGUGUGGCCGUUGAGAUCGGCCAAAUUACAAAAGACCAUUUGUCUUGGGGUACACCAACGCAAGAAGGGCAACUCGGGCACAAGCGUCUGCACGACGACCUGUCCCAACGCAUCCAAACUAUACCUCAAUCCCGUCGCUACUGCAUCCGCACCAUUGCACACCUCCUCAAGUUUCCAACGUCUACAUUGCACUGCUACUUCAAGCGUGGGGUCAUAGCCAAGUACUCCACUGUCCUGAAGCCUGCCCUCACCGACUCCAACAAGGUUUGCCGCCUCAACUGGGCCAUCAAGCACGUUCAAGAUGUCGACGGUGCCUAG